CAAAACGAUAUCAAUCCGUCAACCAGAACAACAGUUUCCAUCCUCUUGCCGUAAUCCAAAUCAAAUAAUCUAAGCAGCGGCAAAUCCAGUAGCAACAAUGGCCGGUCGCGGGAAAGCCCUCGGUUCCACAGCUGCGAAGAAGGCAGUGUCACGUAGUAGCAAAGCCGGGCUCCAGUUUCCCGUCGGUCGUAUCGCCCGUUUCCUGAAGGCCGGAAAGUACGCCGAGCGAGUCGGUGCCGGUGCUCCGGUUUAUCUCGCUGCCGUCCUCGAGUAUCUCGCCGCUGAGGUUUUGGAAUUGGCUGGAAAUGCGGCAAGGGACAACAAGAAGACCAGGAUUGUGCCAAGGCACAUUCAAUUGGCUGUGAGAAACGACGAGGAGCUCAGCAAGCUGCUGGGAGAUGUGACGAUUGCCAAUGGAGGAGUGAUGCCCAACAUUCACAACCUUCUUCUCCCUAAGAAGACUGGUGGGAACUCGAAGGUCGCAGAUGAGGAUUAGAUACAAGUUAUGGAGUUUGAUCUUUUUAUUGAAUGCUGAGUUGUUUGUUAUUUCAUGUUUAAAAAAGAGAAAUUGUAGCAGUACAAUAGAAUUUAGGUGUUCUUGUAGUUUCUGUAUGUGUUCAUGUGAAUGUAAAUGGAGUUCAAACUCUGUUUAGCUGUUACAAUUGAUGAAUAUAAUCUCUGGUUGCAGGAUUUCUCAUGUUUUCUUGGCAUGUUCUUUCAUCUAAACAUAGAAUUGUAUUUAUAUUGUUAGUGAUAAUCGAUUGAGGAAUGGGUUGUAUCUGUCAUAUAAACUGCGG